AUGGCAUUAGAGUCAUGCUCGGCAGAGCAGCAGUUAGAACCACCCACCUCGGAAAAGCACAAACACACGCUGGUCUUCUCUCUAGGCGGGAAAAAGCGCCUCCAGACAUCACCGGAGAAGGCGUUCGGCUCGAAACCUACCAUCACCGAGGAGGACCUGACCUCGGCUGAAGGUCCCAGCCAGCAGUACUGGGAGGUGCUGGCCGAGAAGCGACGCGCCGCCCUCCUGGAAUCCCUCUCGGAGAACAUGGACCUGUACGAGCAGCUUUCGUCGCUCAAGAAGGAACUCAGCACGUCUAAACAGAUGCUGCAGGAAUCGCGCAAUAUCGUCGAAGUACUGACCGAGCACGGCGGCGGAACUAGCCUGGAAGAUGACAGCGGCGUUGUGCCGGAAGUACCGAGCGACAGCGACGACGAUUCGCUGUGA